UCUGUCUCAGGAGAACUACGCGAGUAAGUUCAUUUAGGGAAAGCGAAGCUAAAAAUCAGACAUGUUAACGCAAAAGCAGCGUCACCGGAGCGAUGGGAACAUUUCAGAGAGAGUCAGCGUCGACCGCCGGUGGUUUUGCGCUCUCGUGCGCCAAGAGACGGAUUCAUAGGACGCGCGGAGAACAUCAACUUCUGCGGCGCGUAACUUCAUAACGCCACCGGUCCGGACCUCUACACUUGCUUUAAACUUUUAUGUACUGAAGGAAUAAUAGCACCAGAGGAACAAUGACAGUGACUUUCCCUGGCUUCUCAUAACGCCGUAUCACUUUACUGAAGCGUUUGGUUCUCGUUUCUCACGGAAUUUUGGUGAUAGUUAAAGGACACGGAUUUUUGGGGACCGUAACAACGCCAAUCUGCCGUCGAGCCAGUUACAUUAUCACAUGACUUUCCACAGGAUUAUGUUAUUUAUUCAACAACUUCUCAAACUAGACUAUUCAUAAUGUCGUGUUUGAACAAUACACUACCACCCAGAAAGCCAAAGAUGAUCGCUGGACGGAUGGCGUUGCUGCAAGCGCUCCUCGUCGCGUCUCUCCACGGAGUGUGCGAGAGCAGGGGCGGAGGCAGCGAUCUCGUGCCCAGGUUCUCCUCAUCCUUGCCCACGUACCUCCCUGUGUCCUGCCAACUGCAGGGUGCAGAGUCAUCCUUCUUUCUCCAGGAGGCCACACAGGAAGUGAUGCGUAACGGGAGCUUGCAGACACGCAGCGAGCCUCUCUUUCUCCACUUGCCCGAAUCUGGUCCCGCUCCCCUCUUGUCGGUCAACUGUAGCUAUGGCAAUCUCACCGCAGAGGCGCCGGUACCACCAGAGCUCCUCCAGGGGGCGCUGCCACGUUCUUUCCACACCUCUACACACCUGACGCUGGGCUGGAAGGUGAGAGCACACCUGGUGAGCAGGAGGAUAGGAGUCGAUCAGCCUCAAAUCCAGGUGUUGUUUUAUCUGGCGGGCCGCAGGUGGGAGGAUGUGGAUCCUCCAGCGGAACUGCUGCCGUGUAUCCGUGUCAUUGGGAUGCGCGAUCCGGGGGAAAGUUCUAUAUCGAGUGCUUGCCGACUGGAGGGAAACCUGGGGAUCUGUGUAGCCCAGCUUGGCGUUCCUACAACCUGGUUCAACGCUCCUCCGCCACGUAGGCGCACGCAGGAGCCCAUUCCAGUCACGGUGGAGUUGCACUACUCCAUUCUCCCUCCAGAGGCCCUGGGAAAAGAGUGUGUGGCAGGUAGGGUGCAAGGAAAGGCUGUAGGGCAGGAAGGGGAUAUGCAGAGGAUUGGGACAGUGACUCUCACCACUGGGGACAACAAAGCGCCCAGAAACCGACUUAGACUGGACGGAGACGUCGAGAUACUGGCGCCCCCCAGCCCAGUUAAACAGGGACAGACGGUGGGAUUUCAAGUACUAAUGAAUUCGGCUGCCGCCACUGAGCAGUUCACACUAAGGGUGUUAACACUUGUGCUAUCUUCACCAACGCUAGCAAAGGACAGUCGUCGGCUUUCUCUUUGA